AUAUAUAAUAAUAAUUUGAUAAAUACAAGAAUACAAGAACCUGACAAGUAUUUUGGGGGCUCGUCUAAACUGUUAAAGGAGUUAUUUGAGGGAUUAUCUCAGUCAUAAUUUGUUAUAUUAUUGACAGUUGAAUAUUUGCUAAAUAAAUUUCUGUACUUGUAAGAGUAUAUUUUCAGAUUCUAGACACUUGUUUGUGUCACAUUACUAUUCAUAACGGUACUAUGUGAUUGUACCUUAUUACUCAGGAAAGGCAUCGUAUACAUUUUUUGUGUGAGACUUUAUUGGUGCCAGUGUAUCAUAUUGUUAUUGCUAACAUUGUAUCUUAUAUAUAAUAUUUUUUUUAAAAUUUAUACUAAUAAGAUAUAAUUUUGUUACAUGCCAAACUGAUUGGUGGACCUAAAUUGGAGCUGUGAUCUGUUUGUUGGGAUUCUCAAGUUGUCCUGGUGUAUCUGGCUGUACCUUGUCAUCAAUACUCUAUCUUCCUGGUGCUGAGGCAGAUUCUAUCUUCGCAGGAGAAAGCACAGCUAAGUGUAUUUUUUUUGGUUGCUAAUAGUAUAUCUUGUGCUCUAAUUAGUUUUUCCGAUUUGACCUGUUAAACUUAUAUUGUUUGGAAAUUCUAAGGAUGGAGACUAGGUUUUCUAUAAAUUCACAAUUUAUAGCGGAUGGGCAGGCGUUGGGUUUUACAGGAGCUGACUUGCAGAACUAUGUGAAAGAACAGAAGGAAGAAUAUGUCAAGGCAGAACAAGCAAGAUUGGAUAGGGAGGAACGGCUCAAGAAGGAACAAAGGGCGGAGGAGCAUGAACGAUGGAAAGAAAGGGAAGUAGUGGAAGCUAAAAAGAGGCAGGAAGAAUUGGAAUUGGCUAGACUUAAGGAGAAAAUUGUGGAGAAGGAGUUGCAGAAAGAAAGUAAAUCUGAAAACAAAGAAGGAGAACCUAAGAUCCAGGAUAAACAUAGACAUAUAAUUGAUAAGUUGGACAAGAGUUUUCAGAAUAUGAAGGAAGAUGAGGAUUUGAUUGGUUUCUUGACUCUAUUUGAGGCGGUGGCAACAAGAUGUUGUAUUGAUAAGAAAAGUUGGGCUAUGUUGUUAUCGUACAAAUUGACGUUGAAACUCAAGAAUUUUAUGCUGCAAGAUGAUCUGUUUAAGAAGGAAAAUUAUGAUGAAGUAAAGGUUAUGCUAAUGAGACAGGCUGAUAUAAAUGGAGAAACGUGUAGGAAGAAAUUUCACCAAAUUAGACCUAAAGAAAAUGAUUUCAGGGGAUAUGUAGCCGAUUUGAAAAGGGCACUAGACAAUUGGAUGAAGAUGGCGGAGGUAAAGGAGACCAUAGAAGGCAUGAAAAAUAUGAUUGUGACAAACAGAUUAUUAGAGAGUGUUUCAGGCGAAGUGUAUCGUCAACUUAUCUUAAAUAAAAGUGAUAAUGUAGAAGACAUGCUACAAGUAAUUGAAAGUUUUAAGACUGCAAGUUCAACAAAAUCAUUAUGUAAAGAGGAAAAUGUGUAUGUAAUGGGAGCUGCUGAAGCCACAAGUCAGAAUUAUGCUAGUGACAGGAAAGUCAUAACUUGUUUUAGGUGCGGAAAAGUAGGUCACAGGUCAACGGAAUGUUAUGUGGGUGGAGCCGGAGUGAAACCAAAACAGGUGACAUAUAAUAAGGAUGGAACAAGACAUGUGUCAGGCACAAGGAAUGUGUCAUAUGGAACUUACAGGAGGCAGUUUGAUACUAGAGGAAGGAGAAUGGAUGGAGGGAAUUGGAGAGGAGCUUACAAUGAUGUGAACCAUGGUGGAGGAAAUAACAGAAGGAAUUAUUCAGGUUUUGAUUAUACUAAGGAGAAAAACACAGACAAGUCAAAGAAAGUGCAAAACACAGACAGAUGCAUCAGAUAAAGGCAUUUCAGGUAUACUUAGUCAGAUGAGAGAUGGUGUGUUACAUCCAGUGAAGUUUGUCAGUCGCAAGUUGUUGCCACGUGAACAGAAAUACUCUAUCCUUGAGCGGGAAGGACUGGCC